AUGUCAGACUCGGGACUUGCCGCUGCGGGGAGCAGCACGUACGCCUCCAACACCCUCCAGGUUGGAGAUGGCACCUGGGACUCCGGUCGAAAUACCUUUCUGUUGCCCAAUUUGAUGGGUGUCAACUUUGAGACGAUGCGAUACAAUGGCAUGGGUAAUCGUUUCAAGGAUAUGCCUGGGUACCGUCCCAUGAUCAUUGCGCAUGGAGUGGUUGCAGCCAUCGUAUUCUUGGGCCUUGUGCCAUCAUCAACAUUAAUAAUCCGAUACUACUCUCGGUGGAAUCCAUACUGGGCAUUUAAAAUACACGUGUGGUUUCAGAUCAUGACGCUGCUCUUAAGCACGGUCGUGUUUGUACUUGGGUGGUUCGCUGUUGGGCCGGAAAGAAGCCUGACCAACCCCCAUCAUGGAAUUGGCCUGGCAAUCUACGUUUUAGUCGUCUUUCAGGUGCUGUGGGGCUGGUUCCUGCACAAGAAAGAGAGUAAAAGACAGCGAGUCCAUGUCCCUUUGAAACUGGUGCUUCACCGGUGGUUGGGCCGUGCUCUCGUGCUCCUUGGUAUUGCCCAAAUUCCAUUAGGGCUUACGCUUUGGGGUUCGCCCAAGGUCCUGUUCAUUUUAUUUGCUCUAACGGUCUUCGGCUAUCUGGUUCUUUACUUUAUACUGUCCUACCGGUAUGAUACCGAAGGCUACCACAUGGGAAGUGAGCUUGGUGGUGGUCGCAGUCGCUACACAGGGCCUUCGGAGAUUUCAGAGCACCAUGGCAAUCACGCAGGAGAAACUCUCGCCGCCGGCGCGAUGGGUUCUGGCUUAGCUUCCAUGUUCCGACGGCGUCCUAACAGUCGCCAUCCAAGCCAGGCAUAUGAGGAGUCUCGUACAUCCAUCUCCGAUGAGAAAUACUCUGAUGAAGCUUCGCGUCAUGGUAAGGGUGGUUUCGGCAAGAAGCUCCUCGAGAUUGGUGCCUUGGCUGGGGCUGGUCUUAUGGCCAAGAAAUUCUGGGACCGUCGGAAGAAGCGAGAAGAUGAUACUGAGUCAGGUCGCUAUCGACCUGCCUAUUCGCGCAGUGCCAGUCAUACUGAUGAAUCCCUCAGUCGGAUGGAAGACGGUCGACCGGAGCCGACUCACCACACGCCGCUCAAUCGACCACCGAGCCGUCCACCAAGCAGGUCACAAAGCCCAGGUUCAUCUUACUACUAUAACAGCACAUAUUUCACCGAGCCUCCUAAGCGAAAUGCUUCUCACGGGGUUCGAGACGCCGUGCUAGGCGCUGGUGCUUUUGCCGGCCUAAAGAGGAUGUUCAGUCGUAAAAAGGAUGAUCAAGAGAAACAGCGGGUGGAGGAUAUCAGGCGUCGAGAAGAUGAAGAUGAGGCCCUGCAGAGAGCAAACAGCAAAAGACGACCACAGGGAGGAGAAAGCUUCUACCCGCGAAGAAGAGCCAGCUCGUACAGCGAAACCGAUCUCACUGAAACCGACCUAACUCGUCCUCCACGUCGGCACGCCUCACAUGGAGAAUCUCUUCUCACGGCGGAGCCUCUCGCAUCUGGUGCUGUCCAAAGCGCAGUCUCAGAUAUGCCCCCCAUGCUCCCAAGCCACCGGGAUUACUCUGGUGAUUUGAGGCCUGAACCCCUUCGCUCACGACACUCUCUUGCCCCUGAUGGAGCAGAAUUUGCAUCAGGUGCGGCUGCCGGCACAGCCCUUAGUGCAGCCUCCCGCCGCAACCGAAGCAGCAGUCGGCACCGAGAGGAUAAUUAUGUCUCACCACCAGUAUCUGUGAAAGUUAAAAUGCAUAACGACGGACGGCAUGUGACACUCCGUCGAUUGACUGAAGAAGAAGCGGCCGCGAGCCGUGAAGCUCGUCGCAAGGAGCGAAGAAACUCUCGCCGUCGCAACAGCAGUGCAGGCUCCUUGUCCGGAAACGAAGACGCUGGGUAUGAUCGCUGGCGUCGUGUGGAAGAACUCGAACGUCAACAAGACGAGCAAAUGCGACGCGAACAAGCCGCCGCCGCCGCUUCACAGCUACCUCCUCAAAUAUCUAUAGCACCCUCGGGUAGCAUGCCUCCCGCUUUAUACGGCGCCCCACCAUCUCAAGUGAGCCAAAUGCCGCCACCUCCUCCCAUCCCUGCCCCUUCCAGCAUGCCCUAUGGGCCCGGCAGUGUCACUUCGCCUACAUAUACGGGCACUGAGAUGAGUGGCUCAUACGCAAAUAACCGUCGCCGCAGACGUGCGGAACGUGCCAGGACUAAGCAAGAAAAGCAGCAGCAGCAUGGCGUAGAAUUUACCUGA